ACGUGUCGAGACUCCUUAUUAUGCCAUCGUACUGUAAUCUUGUUAAGUGUUUGCAACGCACGAGCAUGGCGAUGAGUAAAUCGUCGAGCUGUUCACGAUUGUUUCUCAGUUGUAGCAUCACUUCCGCUACAGUGACACAUACGCAUACGUUAGACAUUCGUAAUCGCGUUUAGCGGUCAGAAAACGUUCGUUUCCAGCGGAUUGAGAAUUAGAAAAGACAAUCGAGCAAUUUGCAUCUUUCUCGUCUGCCAAGCGACGAACACUCAACCACUUAACUUGGUCCGUGUGCGAUAGAUACGGGAAUGCGUUAUCGACGAAUCAUACGUUCCUAGGAAAUAUCCCUAGGAAUCGGAAGAUCAGUCGGUGCAGUGGUUAUAUCGGUUGUGUUUACCCCCUCCUCUGCGUUCGUUGCUCUAUGCCCCGUUUGGCGUAUUCCACUGUCGAGUUGUGAAGUAACGAAGCGGUUUCGCCGAAUGUGUCGCAUUGUGUGCGGAUUUCGUAGUGUUUCUGAAUGAGUUUAUCAUCGAUCAAGUGCUUGGGAACGACACAGUGUAUUCUAUUUAUUAGCAUUGCAUUCGCCAGUGCAACGAUGUCGAACAGUGAGCGAUGACACGCCCGUGAAAAACGAUAACGACGGCGAUCCUUUGAUUGACCAGACACGACAGAGAAAACGUACUGAGCAAAGGACCCUCUUUGUGUAUUCGUGUGACAUUACGUCGAACAAAACAUGCUUCAACCACGAGCUACGUUUAUAUGGCGGUAAAAAGGAAAAAGGGAAUGGCUAAUUUGAUGGUGACUGUUUCAAGUAAAAAUAGUUCGCGCAGUACAUCACCCAACAGAGGAAAUACGGUGACUACUUUGCCUCAACAAAUACCAGCUAGUUUGGAUCGUACGCCGAAAGCACGUAAUGCUCCACUUUCCCAAACAGGGGAGGGUAGUACUGGCAGUGGAAGUAGUGGUGGUGGAGGUACUAUCAGCAUGAAAGGUAGUAGGCAAAAGUCACCAGGAACUGUGAUUCGAGUAGGAGAUGCUAUGGAUGAACCAAAUACCAAUUUAAUCACUGCCGAACCAGAAGAGUUUGUGCCAAAUAUUCACCCACCAACUGAUGAUGAAGGAGAACAAUAUCAUGCAACACAAUCGUUCCUAUCAAAUGGCUCCUCUGAGUUAAUAACCGAUGAUGUUGAUUCAAGUUCUGCUCGUGUUUGUCAAGCUAUCGAACAUAUUCAGAGUAAAAUAGCUAAAACACGGGAACUUAUAAGAAUAGAACAAACCACACGUGAUGAAAAUGUUAAUGAAUAUUUAAAGUUGGCUGCUAAUGCAGACAAGCAGCAGCUUACUAGAAUAAAGGCAGUAUUUGAGAAAAAAAAUCAAAAAUCAGCGCACAGUAUUUCUCAACUACAAAAAAAAUUGGAAAGUUAUACAAAAAAAUUAAAAUAUUACGAGCUAAAUGGCGCACCUGCAAGUCACAGACAACCUCGAGAAGUGCUUCGCGAUAUGGGACAAGGGCUUAAACUCACUUCCAGAAAUGUGGGUGGCAAUAUCAGGGAUGGCAUUACUGGUUUUUCAGGAAGUGUAAUGUCGAAACCAAGAGAAUUUGCACACUUAAUAAAGAACAAAUUUGGCAGUGCUGAUAAUAUAAAUACCUUAUCACAUGGCUCGACUUUUUAUGUAAACGAUACACCGCGUGCAGGUAAUGGAGAUAACGCUAGUGUUGAAGAUGAAAAGGCACAUCACGGAUCGGCCACGCUUCCCGGUGGAUGUAGUUUAGGAUCUACUCAUAGUGCAGCAGGAAUGAAAUUUCCAUCCGAAGAAGGCUCAGAGUGUUCUAGUGUUACAAGUGAAAGUGGACCUGGUAGUAGGCGGCAAGCGCAUACAUGUCACAGUAACAAUGCUACACUUAGUUCGAAAUCUAUUUUCUCUGAAUUAAAGGAACACAGAGAAAGUCUGGAUCGGAUGAGAGAAAAAUUAGAAAGCUUAAAGACCUUGCAACAAGAAGUGACAUUUCUUAACCAUGCAUUGCAAGAGGAACGUUUUAGAAGCGAGCGUUUAGAGGAACAAAUUAAUGAUCUAACAGAGCUGCACCAAAACGAAGUAGAGAAUUUGAAACAAGCUAUAACGGAUAUGGAAGAGAAAGUGCGAUAUCAAAGUGAAGAUCGCUUAAGGGACAUACAUGAAAUGUUGGAAAGUUAUCAGACUAAAAUUUCUACGAUGGAACACCAACAACAACAGCACCAACAAUAUGUCACUCUGGAGGGUUUAGAUAAUAGCAAUGCAAGGGCAUUGGUUGUAAAACUCAUAAAUGUAGUACUAACGGUGUUGCAAGUCAUUCUACUUCUUGUUGCAACAGGUGCUGGUAUAAUGAUGCCUUUCCUUAGGACCAGUUGUACUAAGCCUCAUUGUUUCAUGUGCAGGGUGCGCAUAUUAACGACUAUGUUUGUUGUACUGAGCAUAGUGUUUGUGCUCAAACAAUGGCCUGAGGUACACGACGUUGGCAGUCGCCUCAUGCGCCACCUUAAACAGACGCUUAAGUAGCAUCGGUGGUAUACUUAAAUUUACUAUACCCUGUGAUGAAGAAAAGUUGUACACAAUGAUCAACAUUUUGGAUCCGUUUAUCAGUGCUGUAGUUUUAGAGCAAUAAUAGUAGGUAUAUGCGCAAAUGAGUUCAUUUGUAUUUCAAAUUUCAUUUCCAACAUUAAUUUAUUAAAUAAAAAUCAAGUUUAUUUGGUACUGUUAAAUAUACAAAACUUACAUUGCCGCGCGAAAAUGUUUUGUUGAUGAGAACAACUUUUCCGGAUACGAUAAAUUUGAAAUUGUGUUUUGUCGUAUACUCAAUUGUUGUAAAUUUAAUUUCGAUGUUCAUAUUUUUAUCCGAAGUUUUGUCUAAAAAAAAAAAAUACCCACACAUUUGAUAUAAUUAAUUGCGUGCAAAUAAUAUGAAAGAUGAUUAUAAUUUGUAAUAAAAUAAAAUGAUUGUUAAGAAACAUAACAGAGGCGAUAAUUAUAACGCUGUACACUGAUAUUGCUUAAUUACAUACGGCACAUUGUUAGAAGAAUUUACUCUGAUAAAGUGAUGUCAAGUGGUGAUUAUGUUAACUUUUACAUGAGUUAUUGAUUAACGCGGAAUUAGAAGAAAUUAUUGAGGAAGAGAAAGUACUGAUUCAAAAAAUAGAAGAGAAAAAAUGUUUUAUCACCAGUGUCUGUGGGUGGUCUAGCCACCUUUUUCAGAAUUAAAGUUAAUGUGUUUGAUAUUUCAGUAAAGGCGUGUAAUUUACAAGAUACACGAUUCUAAACCAAAUGUUUAUAAUUCAAAUCGUCCAAUUGUUAAACAGUAAUAUAAAUUAAGAAACCAGAAAAGCACUUUAUGACUGUAGGUAAUCAUCCCUUCAGAGUGUAUAAAGUAGUAUGACCUAUUCUUUAGUGUUGAUAAUAAGAUGGAAUAACUUCGUAAAUCGUAGGAACUACAAUAUUUCGCACUAUCUUUAUGUAUAAUUUACAAAUUAAUUCUACACCAUGAGAACUUAAAAAGUGAAAAUGUUUGAAUAGAAACGACCGUGUAUACAACAUUUAAUAUCAAAAGAGGACCAACAUGCUCCCUUCCUCUUACUCUAUAAUAUUGAUUUAUUUCAUGUACAAUAUAAAAGAAGUACUUGUUUGAAAAUAAACGAUAUUCAGAUAUCAUGCUUUUUAGUCUCAUGAGUGCUUCAAAACCACGACAGACACAAGUAUGCAUACAUAUGAUAAUGAUUAUAAAGAAAUGAACCAUGACAGAUAUAGAAAUGAGAGAAAGACUGAUGGACUACAUCGUUGUUACAAUUACGAAUAAUUUAAUAUUUGUGGCAAUUUUAUGUUACUACUCAUUCAGAAAUGUUAAAACAGUAGAACGAUGUAAAAAAAAAAAAAAGGAAAAACAACAUCAGUUGCGAAAUUGUACAAUUAUAAAGAAAAAAAAAAAGAAUAAUUCUUAAUUUAACAUAGGUGCUCAAAUCUGUGAGUGUGUAAAAUAUUUUGAUCUACGUAAUUUUUAUAUUCUAUUGCUAUUUAAUGGCAAAAUAUGAUUUAUAUUAUUAAAUACGUUUCCUAGUUUUCGACUUUAUAGCUUUAUUACAAGCCCAGUAUCAGUAAAUGUGAAGUUUUACAGCUGAAUAUUAUUUCACGGAAAUGUGACGAGCGAAGUGAAAAAAAAACUACUUUCCCGAUAAUCAUUGGUUCCUUUCUUAUCGUUUAAUACAUGAAAUUUUCUUUAUACUUUACAAAUAAAUAAUUUAUAAUUUAUUUUAAGUUCGCGUAAUUAGAUUUUUUGUUAUUUGUAUAUGUUGGACUAUGUAAUGUUAUCGUUUCGUUGAUCUGUGAGAAGUUCGAAAAAUAGUUUUUAAUCGAUCGACUAAAAUUGUAAAUAAAAUAAAAUUUAUAUGGUAGUAUAUUUUAUUUCUUGUGCCUGUUAUUUCUGAAUACAUCAUCAUAUUUCCUACUUUUUAAUUCGGCUAUAAUAUUUUCUAACAAUUAUCUUCGGUUUUCUUGUUUUAUUUGUACUCUACUUUCUAUAAUUAUUAUAUAUUGAUAAUAGUGACUUUUAUGUUUUUCUGUUUUUAUCUACAUGUGAAUAGAAACAAAUUAAAUUGUGUGCCUAAAUACAUGUGCUGUCAAUAAAAUUUGUCACAUCUGUUAACAGUUUUUAUUAACUAUUACUUUCAUAGCAAUUUAUUAAAUUUUAAAGAAGAUUAGAAAUUUGGUGAUGUAUUUAGAAUUAUACCAGGCAAAUAUCUAUAUUCCGAGACCGCGCGUAUUUUUUUAUUUUCUCGAAUCGACAUCGUUCAUUAUUUUUUAGUAGAAAUUUGUUUUAUUACAUUUAUUAGCAAUUACGAGAAUCCUAACUGUCGAAGAAUCAUUUUUGCGUUCCUAAGUAGUCGUUUUUAUUGUCUAUGAAUUUAAACACAUCGCUGUGACUAUGCUAAGUUUAUAUAUAAACAUAGAAAGUUAAAAAUGAGUUUUGGGAUCAAUAUAUUCACGAACGAAAAUUUUUAAAUAACUGUACUCUUUUAUUAAACGUAACUUCGGCAAAGAAGAAAAAUAUCUGCAACAGUGAUCGAACGAUAUUCGAAUAAAUACAGACUUGAUAAUGAUAUAUUGAUUCUAUUGAAAUAAUAUUACGUUGUUUAAAUCAAAUCUCGACAAAAGUGUAUGUUUGCUUAUUAUCGUGUAAGUGACAACUAGACAAAACAUAUAGGGUGUUCAAUGAUGAGCUUGUAUGUAAAUAUUUACUGAUUUCAUUAUUGCAAACUGCGUUCAUUUCCAUUUUCGAUAGAUUGUUACUCGUUCUCAAUUGUCGAUAUUUAUCCGUACGACGAACAAUAAAAUUCUAUUUACAUAUGUAAGCUAACGGUUGAGAAACAAAGUACAAGAGUUGCACAUCCAGUUUUCUGCUUGUAGUUCAUAUCGUGUGAAUGACACCCUAUAUGUAUUGUGUAGGUUUAGAUCGUGGUGCUUUGUAAGAUACAUAUGUAAUCCAAUAUUAGAGAAUUUGUUAACACCAUCGACCACCGAAUUAGCGAGGGCCCCUAUUUGCACGCUUAUAAAUAAUGUUUAUAUAGUAAAGUCUGGGCGUAACGGAAGUGAUUUCUAAAAAAAAAAAGUUAAAAAAAGAACAAGUUACAAAUAUUUAUAUCAAGAUGAGGUUACACAGAUGUCAAACAACGAUGGACGUAUUUUGUAUCUUACAUUGUUACAUUUUUCUAUAAGUUUCUCUUUUUUAUCGCGGCCGUUUACAAUUUUAUAUGUAUUUUGUAUUUACCAAACUUCAUGGGGGAACGCACGACGUAUGCUUAAAUAAUUUGCGACAAGUUAAACGUAAUCGUGAAAUUCAGUGUAGUCGUUACUCACUAUCUUUGUAAUUUUAGGGGCCCCCUAGUUAUAGCAUAGAGGGAAAAGUAACGAAGUAAAUAUAUCGUCAUCGAUGCCUUGCAUAGGUAGUUAAUGUCAAAUUAUAGAUUAAAUAUUUGUUGUCAAUUGUAGGACGAUGUAGGGCAAUACGAACAGCGAUUAUAAUGGAAAUUGUUAUCACGCUAGACACAUACACAUUAUGCGACACACGUGUGUGCAUAUGUAUUAGCUGCGUAACAGGUCAGUGUAAUAAUGUAGUUAAAAACAAAAAAUAAGUUUAUGUCCAUUUUUUAAAAUACCGACGUAUGCGCGUAACGCCUGUAUUAUGUUCUUGCUGCGAAAAGACAAUUUCAAGCCAACUAUCAAUAUAGCAGCUCUUGUCAUUAAUAUUAUUAUUUAAUACCGUU